AGUAAUCUGUGGUUUACCCCAUUUAUUACACCUUAGUAUCUAAUUUGCGGCUUUAGUCUUAUUAUGAAGUUUGUUUUAAGCAGUUUGAUUGCAGUGUGUUUUUUAUCACGAAGUGUUACAAUCUGCGCAUUUGUGUGCCAAUUGAUGUUGAAUUUGCAUAAUUGCAACCUGCACGAAUUCCAGUUGUAUUUAUUAACCUGAAGGCAGAAUCAACGUCGAUUUGAUGGGACCAACCUUCAGAUAUUGAAGAGAACAUUUUUAUUCUUAAUUAUUGUAGAGUAGGUAUUAAGAUAAAAUGGCUGUAAACAAUGAAGAGGGCGAAGAAAGGCUCGUAGGAAGUAACUCUUCUGUAAUUAGAACAACUACUAUAAGCGAAUUACCAGGAAAAUCUUUCGGGAUCACUGUGGAGAUCCCAAUAUUUUUAACUAUGAUGGGAUUGGCUUUUAUAGGUACUCCAAUAACAAAUAUAUUGAUGUACAGAACCUGUUUUCAUGUUAAGAACUAUUCAGACUCAGAAUGCAAGGUAUUUUUAUCUCCUGACAGGACUAAUGUCACUAAACAUAUUGAAGAAGAAGUACAAAUCUACACAACAUUUAUAAAUGUUGUAAGAGACAUCUUAGAAUCAUUGGUACCAGCUGUAUUGUCUUUCUUUUUGGGAGUUUGGUCUGAUACUUAUGGAAGAAAACCUUUGAUAGUUUGGCCAUUAUUGGGCAUCGCGUUAUCAAGAAUGUUGAUUGUUGUCUUCAGCUUAUUGAACAAUAUUGGACCAUGGUGGUUUAUUUUGACAUCCGUGCCUUUCUCGCUCUCUGGUGGUUACAUAGUGUUAUUCACCGGUAUUUUCUGUUACUUAAAUGACAUCACUACUUCUAGGAACAAAUCUCUGAGAAUGACUAUAUUAGAAGCCUCGAUUGCUGUGGGUAUAAUGGUAGGCUCUAUUAUAACUUUUUACCUCAUACGAGCUGUCGGCAAUGUAUAUGUGAUCUUAAUAUCUGCCUCGCUAGCGGCAAUAGCUUAUGCAUUUGCUGUUUUACACCUGCGAGAGUCUUUGACUGGAGCUUUAGACAGUGGAAUAACAACAGUCCUAGAUUUCUUGCUAGUAAAAGAAAUGUUCAGAGAAUGUUUCAAACGACGACCAAAUAAUGGAAGAGCCCAAAUACUAUUAUUAUGUUUUGCCAAUGUCUUACCUGUUUUUAUACUUUAUGGAAUAAUUGGCUUAGAGUAUAUGUACGCAAGAACGAAAAUACACUGGGCUUUGAAACAAUAUACUGUAUAUUCAGCAGCAAAUACGUCCAUCUCAUUCUUCGGGAGUUUGGUUGGAGUAGCGUUGAUACAGAGAUUGUUUGGAAUUAGCGAUUUAGCAUUCGUUUUAAUCGCAUUUUUGUCAUUUAUUGCUGAGUAUUUGACGAAAGCUUUUGCAACUCUCGGCUGGCAUAUGUAUUUAGGUGCCAGCAUUUCACUCUUUAAAGGAUUAACGUCACCUUUAAUAAGAUCUUUUCUAACAAAAAUACUCCCUGUCGAAGAUAUAGCGAAGGUAUUCGCAUUCAUGUGUGCGUUAGAAGGCAUAUGCCCGUUGAUCUCAUCGGCUUUGUACAACACAUUGUACGCUGGGACUAUUGGCGUGUUUCCUGGUGCUAUUUACUUACUAAGUGCUGGUUUUAGUGGGGCUAGUUUCAUUAUGGUGGGUUUUGUGCAGUACUACAUAUGGAAGGGAUCGAGGACUCCAACCUAUACUACUUUAGUGGAAACGUGAUUUAGUUGUAGAUUUCAUUUUCUAUACAAUUGGUUUAUAGUUUUAGUGUUUAUAGUUCUAAAUUGAACAAUACGGGCAAGGUAUUUUUUUGCCUUAUCGCAACGCUCUUUUGUUUGUUUUCAUGGAUAGGUAAGGCUACCGGCGGCGCGGCGUUGGGUCAAUGUGGACGUACAGUAGGUACGUCAAAAUUAUUUUUUGUAAAUUGUACUUUUCGAUUUGUAUGUACACGUUAAAAAAAUACAUUUGCAUAGCCAAUCAAGUACAAUGUCCAUAAUAAAGUAAAAUCAUGUACAAUACGUCCUUAUCACUUUGUGUCUAGAUUAGGUAUACAUAUUUGUUAUUAAUGUUAUUAUACAAUGUUAUAUUGUAUUGUCUGAAUAAAGAUAAUCAAGAAUAUUAUCGUAUCAACAAGUGUUGUCCAAUGUUAUCAAAAUAUAUAACGAAAUAAAUUUUUACUUAACAAUCUUAUGAUAUUAUUACGCGUUUCUGAGAAAUUUCAGUUUUAUGUACAAAUAAUAGCGUCUGCGUUCAGGAAGCACUGUUUCCCACUUUCCCUAUUCGCAAUUUGUCAAAUUUAUUUAAAAU